GGGCUUUGAGCAUUGUCCCCAUUAGCGUCGACAUCAUUAUCAUCGUCAUCGUCACCGUCACCUCCACCAUCACCACCACCACUACAUAGCCCACCAGCCCUAACACAAGUAGCAGCUGCCCUCAAGAUGAGCUCAACGACCAAUCUCCCCAUUCGCCUCCACUCGGACCGAGUGUCCAUUUCAAGCAGGGAGAGCUCGCUCGUAGAGGUCAUCGCAACCACCCCCAUCUCCAUUUCAUCCCUCCUCAGAACCUCCAGGACCUCCUCCUCCUCCUCCUCCUCCACCACCACCACCACCACAACUACCAAUAUACCCGACUUCCUAACCUUCCGACCCCUCACCCCGCUACCCACCAAAAACCCCCACCAAUUCCUCGUCCUCCUCCCAAGAGGCAACCUAGGCGCAGGCGGCUGCGGCGCCGUGCAAGCCGUCCGCAGCUUCGACCUCAGCGACGCCACCAACGAAACAAUCAAGCUGUACGCCCUCAAGACGUGCACGCGGCAGCGGGGCGCCGAAUUCUCCCUGCGCAACGAGGUGACGCUCGCCGUGCACCUGCCUCCGCACCCGCACGUGCUCCAGAUCUUCGCCCUGGGCGAGGUCAUCCCCAUUGCCAGCAGCAACAGCACCGCCACCCCCAAAACCAACCCCAAACGCAGCCAACUAGCCUAUUUAAUGGACCACUGCCCGCACGGCGACAUCCACGACCUGCUGUACCCACCCGGCGCCAAAAACGCCGUCCGCCUCCCGCCAACCACGCAACUGUGCUUCAUCAAGCAGCUCUUCCUGGGCGUAGCCCACCUGCACCGCCAAGGCAUCGCCCACGGGGACCUCAAACCGGAGAAUCUGCUGCUCGCCGCCGACGGGCUCCUCAAGCUUGCCGACUUUGGGUACGCGGUGCGCUUCCAGCCGCCGCACCACCACCACCACCACCACCAGGGGGAAGGCGAAUGCGUCCACGUCCGGACUCCCGCCGACGUGUGCGGGACGAGUUGCUAUAUCGCGCCGGAGAUGUGGGUGGCUGCGGCGGCGGCGGAUGCAGCCAUGAAGGCAGCAACCAGAAAAACAAGCCCAUCAGCAGCAGCAGCAUCAGCAGCAGCAUCAGCAACAGCAACAGCAACAGCAACAGCAACAGCAACAGCAACAGCAACAGCAACAGCAACAGCAGCACCGGUACCGGCGGCAACAUACGACCCCCGCGCCGCCGACAUCUGGGCCUGCGCGCUCACGGCCCGCCAUAUCCUGGGCCUGGGGUAUCCGUGGGAAUUCGCCGUCGAGUCCUUCGACGACCACUUCGCGCGGUUUGUGGACGGGUGGGAGGCGUUCGGGGCUGCUGCGGGGGACACGCGCCUCGACGCCGCGGCGGGGAGAUGGCCCCUGUGCGGCAAGGGGUUUAAGGCCAAGGAGUACCCGGACUACGCGGUGUUGGUGCUGGUGCUGGGGAUGCUGCAUCCGGAUCCAGAGCGACGGCUGACGAUUGAGGAGGUCCUACGGGAGCCCUGGGUCCAGGGGAUUUCGUGCUGCUCGCCGGCUGUGUCGGCGGAGAGCCGCGCGGUGCAUGAUCACUGUCGGAUGAAGGUGGAUUCCGGCGUGACGUGCACGAGAUAA